AUGGUGGCAUACAGCAGAAAGCUGUGGCGGUGGACCCAUCGUUACUUUUAAAACUAUCAUAAUGAUUUUUUUUAAAGGUUGCCUUUCUACAUCUAUAACGUUAGGUUUAUUAUUUAAAAAAUGGACAAUCGGUUAUUGUCAGGAUAGAUUCCUACUUUUUUCCUUUGAAGGCGGAUACAUGGAAUUGUGGCAAACGCAAGAAUGCUGAAGAUCCACGGAUUGGCUUUUAGUGUCGGUUUAGAUAAAGGAAGCGUUUUUCCAUAAUACAAAUUGUACAGCAACAAAUAUACUGUGAGUUGGAUUCUGGAUUCUUCGAGCCGCGCCUUGAUAACACGUUUUUUUGUUGGGACCGGUGGCAGCCUUCUGGUAUCGGUCUGGGGACAGAAGAAACCCCGAGGCUCACAUUGUGGCCUGGCCGGGGGGACUAAUUAACCAUCUUUAGACCACUGGAGUUCUCUUAGUGGAUAACAAAGUGGGAACAAAGCUUGUGGCUUGGUCUGUGCAUAUCCACACAGCGAAUAUUUGAAAAUUGUCAACAGGAUAAGCAAUUUAAUUGUUUUUAACACGUCUUCAAAACAAUGGCGUCUUAUGUGGAUAACAGUUUUCGUCAAGCUGUGAUGAUGAAUCCGGCAGAAAGAACUCAACAGGACCUGGAGAUAGUCUACUCCUAUCUGCAUGGGAUGGAGGCCCUGUCUAACCUCAGAGAACACCAGCUGAGGAUAAUGUGUGAGACAGUGCGCUAUGAAAGACACGAUGCCAAUGAAGUGCUCUACUACCCGGACGACGUCGGAAGCUGCUGGUAUAUCCUACUGUCCGGGUCCGUCUUCAUCAAGGAGUCCAUGUUCCUGCCAAGAAGCAGUUUUGGAAAGCGUUCUGCAGGGAGCCUGAGACGUGGAUGUGAGUGCAUCGUUCUGGAACCUUCGGAGAUGAUUGUGGUGGACUAUAUGGAGGAAAAUGAGGAGUACUUCCAGAGGCAAGCAUCACACCGACAGUCCCGCCGUAGGUUCCGCAAGAUCAACCAGAAGGGCGAGCGGCAGACCAUCAUUGACACGGUGGACCCAUACCCCACCGGCAAGCCGCCAAUAGUCAGGGGAUAUCACACGGAAUGCAUUAAAGCUCAGCUCCCCGCAGACUUCAGCCGACUCCACCUGUCCGACGGCUUGCACCCACAGGUGACCCACGUGUCUUCCAGCCACUCAGGAUGUAGUAUCACCAGCGACUCUGGAAGCAGCAGCCUGUCAGACAUAUACCAGGCCACGGAAAACGAGCCGGGUGACAUGGACCUCAGCGGCCUGCCUGAGACCGCCGUCGACUCAGAGGAGGACGAUGACGAGGAGGACAUUGAGCGAGCGUCGGACCCCCUCAUGAGCCGCGACAUCGUGCGGGACUGCCUGGAGAAGGACCCCAUGGACCGCACUGAUGACGACAUAGAGCAAUUGCUGGAGUUCAUGCAUCAGCUGCCAGCGUUUGCCAACAUGACCAUGUCUGUGAGGAGGGAGCUGUGUGCCGUCAUGGUGUUUGCCGUGGUCGAGCGGGCCGGCACCAUCGUACUCAAUGACGGGGAAGAGCUGGACUCGUGGUCAGUGAUCCUGAACGGCUCAGUGGAGGUGACGUACCUUGAGGGCAGGCCUGAGAUCCUGUGUAUGGGCAACAGCUUCGGGGUCUCCCCCACCAUAGAGAAGGAGUACAUGAAGGGAGUGAUGAAGACUAAGGUGGACGACUGUCAGUUUGUGUGCAUAGCGCAGCAGGACUACUGCUGCAUCCUCAACCAGGUGGAGAAGAACAUGCAGAAGGUGGAGGAGGAGGGCGAGAUCGUCAUGGUCAAGGAGCACCGUGAGCUGGACCGCACCGGCACCCGGAAGGGACACAUCGUCAUCAAGGGCACGACGGAGCGUCUGACCAUGCACCUGGUAGAGGAGCACUCUGUGGUGGACCCCACCUACAUUGAGGACUUCCUGCUGACCUACAGGACUUUCCUCUCCAGCCCCAUGGUCGUGGGCAACAAGCUCCUCGAGUGGUUCCACGACCCAAGCCUCAGGGACAAGGUUACACGGGUAGUCUUGCUGUGGGUGAACAAUCACUUCAAUGACUUUGAAGGCGACCCCGCAAUGACUCACUUUCUUGAAGAGUUUGAGAACAAUCUGGAGAGAGAGAAAAUGUACGGCCACCUUAGACUGUUAAACAUUGCCUGCGCUGCUAAAGCCAAACUGCGUCUGGUGACUCUGACCAAGCCGUCGAGGGAGGCCCCGCUAGCCUUCACCCUGCUGGGGGGCUCCGAGAAGGGCUUCCGCAUCUUCAUCGACAGCGUGGAGCCCGGGAGCAAGGCCGCAGAGGCCGGCCUCAAACGAGGAGACCAGAUUCUGGAGGUGAACGGGCAGAACUUUGAGAAUGUCCAGCUCACCAAAGCCAAUGAGAUCCUGAGGAACAACACCCACUUGUCAAUUUCUGUGAAAACCAAUCUUUUAGUGUUCAAGGAGCUCCUAGCACGGCCAGAGCACGACCAAGAGGCAGAAGGUGAGGAGCUGCCAGAGGUGGACCGCAAGAAUGGCGCCCCGGCACACCUGCCCAAGAUCGGGGACAUCAAGAAGGGCUCGCGCUACUCCAUCCCUGACCUGGCAGUGGAUGUUGAGCAGGUGAUGGGCCUGGAGAAGGCCAGUAAGAAGGCCAAGGCCAACACGGUGGGAGGAAGGAACAAGCUCAAGAAGAUCUUUGACAAGACACUCACCAGCAUCCUGCCCCCAAAACCAUACAAUGACGUGGGUGUAGGCCAGUCGCAGGACGACAGCAUCGUGGGCCUGAAGCAGUCCAAACAGAUUCCGGCCGCGCUGCCAGUCAGCGGCAGCCUGUCGUCCAGCAACCCUGACCUGCUGCAGUCCCACCGCAUCCUGGACUUCAACAACCAGCCUGACAUGUCAGACCAGGUGCUGCGGGUGUUCAAGGCAGACCAGCAGAGUCGAUACAUCAUGAUCGGUAAGGACACCACGGCCAAAGAGGUGGUGGCCCAGGCCAUCCGGGAGUUCGCCCUGACCGCAGCGCCCGAAGCCUAUUCGCUGUGUGAGGUGUCCAUCACGCCGGAGGGUGUCAUCAAGCAACGCCGGCUCCCGGAGCAGCUGUCCAAGCUGGCUGACAGGAUACAGCUCAGUGGCAGAUACUACCUGAAGAGCAACAUGGAGACAGAGACCCUCUGUUCAGACGAGGACGCCCAGGACCUCCUUCGUGAAGGCCAGAUCUCCCUCCUCCAGCUGUCCACUGUAGAAGUAGCCACGCAGCUCUCCAUGCGCGCCUUCGAACUCUUCUGCGCCAUCGAGCCCACUGAGUACAUCGACGACCUAUUCAAGCUCAAGUCUAAGACGGGCUCGUUUUGCCUCAAGCGCUUCGAAGAGAUCAUCAACCAAGAGACUUUCUGGGUGGCAUCGGAGGUGACCCGGGAGCCCAACCAGCUCAAGCGCAUGAAGACGGUCAAGCAUUUUAUCAAGAUAGCUCUCCAUUGUAGAGAGUGCAAGAACUUCAACUCCAUGUUCUCCAUCAUUAGUGGUCUGAACCUGGCCCCAGUAUCUAGACUUCGGGGCACGUGGGAGAAGCUGCCCAGUAAGUACGAGAAGCUGUUUGGGGACCUGCAAGAACUGUUUGAUCCAUCCAGGAACAUGGCCAAGUACCGCAACGUGCUCAACAACCAGAACCUCCAGCCACCCAUCAUCCCCCUGUUCCCCGUCAUCAAGAAGGACCUCACCUUCCUGCACGAAGGCAACGACUCUAAAGUGGAUGGCCUGGUGAACUUUGAGAAGCUGCGGAUGAUCGCCAAAGAGAUCCGCCACGUGGGUAGAAUGGCCUCCGUCAACAUGGACCCAGCGCUCAUGUUCAGAACCAGGAAGAAGAAAUGGAGGAGUUUAGGUUCUCUUAGCCAGGGCAGUGCCAACGCGGCGGUGCUAGACGUCACCCAGACGGGCGGGCACAAGAAGCGGGUGAGGCGGAGCUCCUUCCUGAAUGCCAAGAAGCUGUACGAGGAUGCCCAGAUGGCCCGCAGGGUCAAGCAGUUCCUGUCCAACCUCAGCCUGGAAACCAACGAGGAGGCGCUGCAGACCCUCUCGCUGCAGUGUGAGCCCUCCAUCAACACACUGCCCAAGAAUGCUGGUGGCAGUAAGAGGCCAGACACGUCUCCGGUGGUGUCCAGGGCUGCCAGCCAGCAGAGGGGCCAGCUGCAGAAGGGAAACCAGGCCCUUCAGGUGCCCGCCGUGGCCCUCUACCCCUCCCGCAAGAAAGUACCCGUCAAGGACCUGCCACCAUUCGGCACAAGUUCCCCUCAGUCGUUGAAGAAGAUCCUGUCACUGUCGGAGGAGGCCAGCGAGCGUCACAAGCGUCAGACGGAGGACACAGUAUCCAGCACCUCCUCGCAGCUCUCCUCCCCACCCACCUCCCCACAGAGCUCGCCCAAGAAGGGGCUCAGGACACUGAAGGGCCAAAGUUUCCGGAAGGUUACCUUGACCAGUAAACAGACAGCCACAGGCUACCCCAGAACAGGAGACACCUACUCAGACUCAGGUCACAGCGAGAUCUCGUCACGCUCCAGCCUGGUCAGCAACUCCUCCUUCGACAUGGCCCAGGAGGAGAGGAGGGGUCUCAGGCACUCCGGAGGUGUUGGAGACCCCCACGCUGGAGGGGUGCGUCUGGAGAGGAGGGCUACGACAGACCCGGACCAGUACAGCCUCAGUUCCUACUCAUCCAUGCAGGACUGCCGGGGCCUGUAUACCUGUGCUACGGUUGUCUCUCCCAGCUCUGAGGAGCUGACCCAGGACCAAGGAGACCGUGUCUCCCUGGACGCCGCCGACAGUGGUCGCGGCUCCUGGACUUCGUGCUCCUCGGGCUCCCAUGACAACAUCCAGACCAUGCAGCAGGGACGCAGCUGGGAGGCCUUCGGACCUGGCGGUGUGGUCAGCGUGGGUGUCCACCCUCCCGGGGGGCCUGAAGCGUUACUAGGGGGCCCCUCUGGACUGUGGGUGUCUCAGGCUAGAGGGAGCUGGGCAUCGGCCUCUUCUUCAUCUUCCUCUGCGGCGUACUGGGGCGAGGACUCAGAGGGUGACACGGGCACGAUUAAACGGCGAGGCGGGAAGGACGUGAACGCUGACCCGGAGACGAGUAGUAUCACGUCCAUGGGGUCUGACGAGGCCAAGCAGCACGGGAGGCCAUCGCCGUCACCCAUCACCGCCGGCAAUAAGGGUCUUAUCACACGAAAGGAGAGCCGUUACCGCGAGCCCCCUCCCACCCCGCCGGGCUACACCGCCCUGACAAUCUCUGACUUCAGUGAGGGCCAGACGCAGUCGCCACCCCCGCCCACGGCCCCGUCCCACUCUGGCCGCCGCCCGCCCGACUACACCACGGCCCUGCAGCGCUCGCGCAUGGUCACCCAGUCGCCUGACUCCCAGCACCACCACCAGGUCCAACAACACCCAGGUUCCGGAACCACAAAGCGCCAUGGGCUCCACCGCACCCACUCGCCAGGCGAGGACGAAGAGCCAGAGGAGGAAGAGGAGGAGGAUGAACAGGUAUCAGCAGUCUGAGAGAGAACGGUCUUCUGCUGGAUGACUUUAAGUCGCUUCCAUGGAGCCAGAUCAAAAGACACUGACUGAUUGAUGGACAGACAAACCAAUCCAGUACGUGCCUGCCUCCUCCGUCGGACUCUCCCUCCUGAUUGGUGGACUCCUUUGUUCAUCUCCCUCCCCUGCCUUAAAGCGUUAUGGGGGGUUGAAUAACCUGCUUGAAAAAAUACUGUGAAGAAGAAGGAGAGAUGGAAAAAGAAAGACAUGCCUGGAAAAAAGAAAAAUAAGUCUAACUGUUUUGCUGGAAAAACACACGGCGAUGCGUGACAACAACGCUCACACAAACACACAGCUGUCCUGGAACAGCUUUUCAAGACUAUUAUCACCGUAUCCCAACCCCACUUCGCUUUACACACAGCAUCAUGACGUGUUGAGCUUUGUCUGCACUUUUUCUUUUUCUACUUAAUAAAACGUGAACAAACCGGACAAUGUUUUUUUUUUUUUUUUUUAAGAACAUUUGAUCAAUUUUGAACUCUUAAGGAUUUUCAAAUUCCUUCUAGUUUUUUGGGGGUAUUCUUUCCAGAACUAUUGCACUCUGGGGGUAAAAGAGACUAUACCCAAGUCUCAUAUCUCUGGACUCGGAAUAACAAAUCUGUAAAAAAUAGUGUUUUAUUCCACAAUUACAGUAUUAUCUGGUCAUUCACAUAUUAGACAUGACCUAGUGGUGUCUCCACCCCACUUCUAACUGGACAGUCACAAUGAGAUAAAUCAGUUGGGGUAACCAACAUGUCAUUUGGGAACCCAACAUGUCAUUUGGGGUAACCAUCAUGUCAUUUGGGGUAACCAUCAUGUCAUUUGGGGUAACCAUCAUGGCAUUUGGGGUAACCAUCAUGGCAUUUGGGGUAACCAUCAUGGCAUUUGGUGUGACCAACAUGCACCUUCAUAAUCUAAUGUACUGACACACUGGCAGUUUGGCUUCAGCACUUUUCAGUACAACAUUAGGUUUUAGUACAACCCUGGCCUGGAUAUCGGUGUCUUUCCGAUACGGCCACAUCUUCAGUUCUAGGUCAUAUACAGUAAUGUGCAGGUUUAAAGGUGUGGAGCGUAGCAGUGGCCAAAAUAAAGAGGCAACAGCCGAACCUACCUGGCAGGCCGGUCGGUCCCAUCUCCGAUUGUAAAACCUCUUCUAUUUUUAGUCAUAGAUAUGGCUGCCUAUAGUUGUUUAGCUAACUUAUCUAGCUAGACUAGGCUAGCUAGCUAGCCUAACCUACCUAAGUUAGCGAUUUCCCCCCCCCCCCACUGUAACACAGUAAUAUGUUAGUCAGCAAUACACAAUAUGGGUUUCAGUAGAUAAACUAAAGUUAGCUAGCUAGCUAGGUGGCUUACUUACUUAGCUAGCCACCGUAUUUGUCAUCUGCCCACUUGGUGCUGGCAUCGGCUGUAGCUGAGCUUCUAGCUAAAUCCAACUCUUUGUUUUGAAUCCUCUUCGCUGUAUUCCGGUUGAAACAGGUAUGGUUGAAUGUCACCAUGUAGCUAAAGAAAAUGCUCCAUCUUCGAAUUCGUGUUGAUGAGAGGAAUCACUUGAAGCCAUUGUAGUCUGGUCAAUUCUUUCAGUUUUGCCCAAAGGAUUGUGUUGUUAGUGUCCGUCUCCCUUUCAAAAAAGCCUGCCUUGGGGGAGGGACGGGGACAGAGCCCGAAGCACCGACCCCACACAAGUUGUAGUCUUUCGGAGACUGGAACAUUUUCAGCUUGUAUAUUUAGCAAUGAAUCCGCUAAUAGGAACAUCCAGGUUUUAACCUGGAAGGUCACCUGGUGUCUUAUAUUCAUUCUAUAUUUAGACAGUAUUGUUUUGGACAACUACAGGAUAUUUAUAUUGGCUUAGUCUUCUCCCUAAUGGGUUGUGAUGUUGAAAGAGACGCGUUUUAGUUAUGCACCCCAAAGGCAGAACAGGGCUUGAAUCCUAUACAGGUGAAUGGAGUCUCAGGUCUUUCAGUGGUGCUGCAUAGACAAACUCUUUCCCUGGGUUCUGUCAAACAUUUAAAGGGGCAAUCUGCUGCGGCUACCUCCAUUUUUGGACUUAUAAAUUAAUAAUAUAUACCUAUUGAUUCUUGAAGAAUAUAACUUAUAAAUGCCUCAGCUUAGUUCAACUGUCAAACUCCAUCAUACCCCAAAAUAGAAUCUUGUUUUACUUUAAUGUUUGUAAUUGUAAACAUACAUUGUAUAGCCUCAAAAACAUGCUUAAAACUAGCAGUCCUUGCAUCCAUAGCUCCGUCUAUGAAUUUGAGAGCCGUUACAUUUCUCCAGGCCCACCCCUCAGCUUUUUACCAAAACAGAGGUGGGGCGAACACUUUAUUGUUUCAACUAAGGAUUGCCCUUUAAGACUGAACUAGAAUACACGAGAAUGAACUAAAAUACACCUUCUCUCCAAACUUGCUGUUGGAUACAUCCCUUCCUCUUCAUUGCAAAGCCAGUUGGAGAAGUCCUCCACUGUUACAGGCAUCAAGAUCAGUGGAUGUGUAUAUGACUAGGUAAUGCUAGCGUAGAACAACCUGUUUUCCACCAUUUCUCAACAUCAUUGGAAUUGACUGAAGAAAAUUAUUUAAUAUGUUUAUUGUUUUUUGACUCCGGUGGGGAACUUACCUAGAUGAAAUAAUUAACUUUGAAGGCUGCUAAUCAGAAUUAUUAGUACUCAAAUUGUGAAAGUGUCACUUUGACUUGUUUCUUUUAUCACUGAGUUGUGCUGAUCACAUUGAUCAGUAGUUAGAAACCAUAGACUGAGAAGUAGAAAUAAACGAGUGCAGUGUUUUUCACUGUGGUCUGUCACUACACUAUAAUCAUUUGUCAGGUCUUUUGUUAAUGUUUUUUUUUUAAUGCCUGCCGAUAGAUUGUCUAAUGCGUUUGUAAUUCAGUGGUGACAUGCAUCAUCAUCAUUCACUUUCCUUCAACUCUUUAGCAGGCCAAGUCCUAUUACGAAAAACUAAACGUUGCACAACAAUGUACAAGCAUAAAGAUAAUUGUAGUGGUAGAACUGCUACUCGGUUUGAUGUGAUGUCAAUUGAGAAGUGUAUAUUUAACUGGUGAUGAUUUCUCAUACUUUCUUGUACUACUUUGACCUGUAUGUCUUUUAAAAAGACAAUUGGUGGAGUAAGUAUCGGUUGUUUUUUUGUAUUUUUAAUACAAUAUUUGUAAAUAUUGGUUAUAUUUUUGUUGAAAUGUACUGUUUAUGCCUCAACAUCCAGUUUGUAUGAAGCUGGGAAAUCAAUAAAUACUACAAAAGUUAUCAACUCAUAGGUUUAAAUGCAUUAAUUUUUUUCCUGCAUUUGGAGGUUUCUUCUUUUGAAUAUUGUUCCUUUCCAAGACCUCUCCUACAUACCAUCUAGUGUUUGCACAAGAUAAGACAUGGAAGUAGCUUGAACUGUGUAACCCUCAUACUUUUCUAAUUGACAGCAGUGUACGUCAGAAUUAAUAAAAAUAUAAGUCUCCA